ACAAGUUCUUUGUCUUCUCGUCGUAGGGCACAACGCAGAGGAUCGCAAAGCUCAUCAAUGGCGGACUUGAGCCGGGAGGAGAAGCUCGCCUACUUCCAAUCCAUCACCGGCCUCCAAGACCUCGACCUCUGCACCGAGAUACUCGCCGCCCAUGGUUGGGAUCUCGAGCUCGCCAUCACCAGCAUCACCUCCACAGUCUCCCCCGAUGCCCACUCCCAAAACCCUAACCCUAGCUCUUCCGCCCCACCCACUGGCCUUGAUCUCGCCGCCUCGGCCUCUCCCGGCCUCGCUUGGCGCCUUGCCACUCUCCCCUUCUACGUCGUAUCCGGAGGCGUUGGCCUCGUCGCUGGCGCCGUCGGUCUUGGCUUCUGGGUUGCCGGAGGGCUUCUUAAUCGCUCCCUCAAUCUAAUUGGUCUCCUUCCCCGCGAUCAAGCCGCCGCCCACCCCCUUGUCCCCUUCUCGCCCCCGGCUUCUGAGGCCGAUGACUUCGUCACCGCUUUUGGGAGAGAGUAUGGUGCUGGCGCUCCUGCGAAGCCGGAUUUUGUGUCGGAGGGGUUCUCUGAGGCCCUUCGACGGUCACAGAGAGAAUUCCGACCGCUGUUCGUUUACCUUCACUCGCCUGACCAUCCGGACGUGCCUGCUUUCUGCCAUGGGUGCUUGUGCUCAGCCCUCGUUGCUGAGUUUCUGAAUGAGAACUUCGUUUGCUGGGGAGGCAAUAUCCGGGGAAUCGAGGGUUUCAAUAUGAGCAACAACUUCAGGGCGUCGUCCUUCCCCUACUGCGCCAUCGUCUGGGUUGCUGGAAACCAGCAGAUGGAGCUUCUUGGGCAGAUUGAAGGUCUAAAAUCUCCAGAAGAAAUGCUGGUUAUUCUUCAGCAAGUGGCUGAAUUGAGUACUCCAACUUUAUUGGCUGCAAGGCUUCAGGAUGAGGACAGGAGAGAUAACUUGCGUUUAAGAGAAGAACAAGAUGCUGCAUACAGGGAAGCACUUGAAGCUGAUCAAGCCAGAGAGCAGCAAAGGAAAAAGGAACAAGAAAUCUUGAAAAUGGCAGCUGUUGAAGCUGAGAGAAAAAGGAGGGAAGAAGAGGAGGCGCAGGUAAGAGCUGCUCAUGAAGCUGCUGAGAAAGAAGCUGCACUUGCCAAACAACGGCAGGAAAAAGCUUUGUCAUUGGGUGCUGAACCUGAGAAAGCGCCUGACGUUACACAAGUUCUUGUGCGAUUCCCAACCGGGGAACGCAAGGAAAGGAGGUUUCAUAGUUCAGCAACAGUCAAGUCUCUCUAUGACUUUGUUGAUUCUUUGGACAAUAUGAACCUGAAGAACUACAGGCUUGUUUCAGGCUUCCCCCGCAUCUCCUUCGGACCUGAAAAGUACUUUCUUUCUUUGAAAGAUGCAGGAUUGCAUCCCCAAGCCAGCCUGUUUGUCGAGGCUGAGUGAGUGAUAACCGCUUCAAUUACCUGGAUUUUAAAACCAAAUCUAUGAUUUCUUUUUCUUUAGAAUAGAAUUUUGGUUUGCAUUUAUACUUUGCACAGAUCUAGUUGAUGACUGAUAUGAUUCGUUAAAACUAUUACUUCCA